AUGUCUGAACAAUCUCUUCCACCCAAAUCCAACUUCAACGAUCUCAACGAUAAUGAUGACAAAGUUCUCUAUCGUGCCGUUCCAUUAUCCACUAGGAAUAUAUUCCUGAUAAUUUUGUUUCUGUCAUUCUUUUCCUUCGUUUACUUAGGAUAUGCUCAGCAUCAUAAGCUGAUGUUUUAUUUUAUGACUAGUUUGAUUGCUGUGUGGAUUUCGUUCAUUUAUACGUCUGGUGUCUUAUCAGUCCUAUAUAUGGUAUGGUAUGACUAUGAAGCUACAGAAAGUAGUCACACAGAGAGUGGAGAAGAAGAGUCUUCGAUGUAG